AUGGCCGCGGUUAGUUUCCAGUAUUUGGCUCUCACAAACAUUCCCCCGGGUUUUCACGCCUCAGAUUUACGAGCUCAUUUUUCUUCGUUAGUGGAGAGUGGGUCUUUUCUUUGUUUUCAUUUUCGUCAUCGUCCAGAGAAGGUCAGCAGUGAUAUUGAUGAUAGAGGUAAUCAAAAAGGUCGGAAACUGUGCUGUGUGGUAAAAAUUGUGAGGAACAAGUUAGAGGAUCUGAUGAGAUACAACAGCCAGAACUGGACAAAUGUUGACGGCGAGUAUCUGGCUGACCGGUGUCAUCUCUCUCAGAUACAGCUCGCAUCAGGCGGAACAAAUGUCCAGGAUGCUGUGGAGGAAGAAAAGCUGCUACAGAUGCCAGAGCUGCAACCUCCAGAUCUGAUGCGACAGGGAAACGUGGGCACCCCAACCCUGGCCUUCCUGGAGCUGAUCCAGCAGUGCCUGCUGCCACACAACCUCAUCAACAAACUCCAUCUGAAGUUCCCCAAAACUGCAGCCAGAAGAAUCUAUGCCAAUAUGCAUUUGGAUUACGGCACAUCAGAUUCACAAGCACAUGCUAAUGAAGGCCAUGGCCGGUACAGACAUUCUAGACAGAAAAUGUUGAUAAGAAAGCCUUUUGCUAAGAAUCAUGUUUCUCUUGAGCUAGAAGAUGCCAGCAAACAGCACCAGGUGGCAGCAGCUGGCGGCUGGCACAGUUCUCCUGCCCAAGGCCCGGGCUGUGAGACGGCACAGUUAGAGGGAGAGCCAGAGUUCAGCAAAGUGGCACAUGUAAAUAGAGAUCAUAGUUCAAAUAGUGACGAGGUGGUGGAGGAAAACAAUAAUCACUCAUGUGUGAAUUUCAAAGAACCUUCCAGGACUACUGCAGGUGGAGACAGACUACAGUGUGUCCCUCCAAAGUCCGUAGUCACCGGUUCACAUCCAGGGUUGCCAACUUCACAAGGCUUCUCUGGGUGCAACUCUAGUGGCUCAUCACAUGUAUUUGCCCAGCCUGCAGCAUUACCAGGGAAUGGGGGUCAAAAGCUAACAAACAGUCAGAGGAGAAGAUUAAAAAAACAGCAGCAACUGGAGAUAAAACAACUGAAGGCAGAGAAAAUUGAGGAGAAGUUGAUUACUGCGGAGAAACGUUACCAGAAUGAUGAUGAUGCAGAAGAAUGGGACCGGCAUGAAGCCAGCGAGGAUGAUCCCAGCAAUCAAGAGCGCAAUAAGGAACGUUUGUAUGAGGAAGAGAUUGAACAGCCAUGGGAGAAGGGUGGCCCUGGAGUGGUCUUCUACACAGAUGCUGUCUUCUGGCAAGAGAGGGAGGGAGAUUUUGAUGAACAGACCACAGAUGAUUUGGAUGUUGAUUUUAGUGUCUACGAAGGAGAAGGAGCCGGUGACAAAGACAUACAAGAUUUCUUGAAAAUUCGACAAGAAAAAAGGUUCCGAGAGGGAUAUGACAGCACAGACAGAUUUUCAGCCGGAAUCGGAAAACCAUUACCAGAAUCUACAGGUCACAGAAGUAUGUCCAGGCUGGGAGCUUUUGAGUCUCAUUCCAAGGGCAUUGGGCGUAAACUUAUGGAGAGGCAAGGUUGGAGGGAAGGUCAAGGUCUUGGGCGAUCAAUGCCGGGUAUUGUUGAUGCCCUGAAAGGUGAAGGACAGGCGCCCUACAGUAAGAGAGGUUUAGGAUACACAAAAGCUAAGCCUGUGAGCUACACAUCAAGUGGCAUCAAGAGACUCAGACAUCAGGCACACUUGAUUACAACCAUCUAUGAUGACCCCAAGGUCACGGACCCCAAGGAGCCGUUAUUACACCGAAGUGAACCAUCCACACUAAAGCAUAGACAGACUCAUCUAGAUCACUUCACUUGA